UUGUUAUACUAAUACAUCUAAUGAAGUACAAAAACUGCGCGUCAUUUGGUUUCCCGAAAAAUGUUCAUAAUGUCCACAGAACUAAUAACAGCCCACCGGUGUUCUGAAAAAUACAUUUUUUAGUUGUUUGGAUUUUACAAGAUACUCUUAAGGCAGGAAUCAGUGCAUAGGAGUGAAAAGUUGUCAGCGUGACUUAAAAUUUGAAUCAGAGGAGUAGUCUAUAAUAAGAAAAAUUUUCUGCGUAGACAAACACUAUAAGUAACAACUAACAUACUCGUUCUUUGUGAGAGAUCAAACACAGAACUGCUGAAAAGUUACAUAAGAUACUUCAAAAAUGUCAGGCAAUGUUGGGAUGGAACAGCUUAUCCCGCUGGUCAACAGGCUGCAAGAUGCAUUCUCCUCCUUGGGAGUUCCACUUAGUUUGGAUUUACCUCAGAUUGCCGUAGUUGGGAGUCAAAGUGCAGGGAAAAGUAGUGUUUUGGAAAAUUUUGUUGGUCGGGACUUCCUUCCUCGAGGUAGUGGAAUUGUUACACGUCGACCUCUUAUAUUGCAGUUAAUCAACUCUCGAAAUGAAUAUGCUGAGUUUUUGCAUUGCAAAAAUAAACAGUUUACAGACUUUGACGAGGUUAGGAAAGAAAUAGAAGCUGAAACUGAUAGACUGACGGGAAGUAACAAAGGCAUUUCUAGUAACCCUAUUAACCUUCGUGUAUACUCUCCCAAUGUCCUUAAUCUAACACUAAUUGAUUUACCUGGAAUGACAAAAGUUCCUGUUGGUGAUCAACCACCAGAUAUCGAGGUUCAAAUUAGAUCAAUGAUUUUGGAGUUUAUUACACAAGAGAAUUGUUUAAUUUUGGCAGUAUCACCAGCUAAUUCAGAUCUGGCUAAUUCAGAUGCAUUAAAAUUAUCCAAAGAAGUUGAUCCUCAAGGUUUACGCACAAUCGGUGUGGUAACAAAGUUGGAUUUAAUGGAUCAAGGUACAGAUGCUCGAGAUAUUUUAGAAAAUCGUCUCCUGCCGUUGAGAAGAGGUUAUAUUGGUGUAGUGAAUCGUAGUCAACGUGAUAUUGAAGGUCGUAAAGAUAUUAAAGCAGCUUUAGCAGCUGAAAGAAAAUUUUUCUUAAGUCAUCCAGCCUACCGACAUAUGGCUGAUCGAAUGGGUACACCAUUCUUACAAUCCACCCUGAAUCAACAAUUAACUAAUCAUAUCCGGGAUACACUGCCGGGUUUAAGGAAUAAACUUCAAUCACAAAUGUUAGCUAUGGAGAAAGAAGUUGAAGAAUAUAAGCAUUAUAAGCCUAGUGAUCCAUCGUUUAAAACAAAAGCUUUAUUAUUGACAGUACAAAGUUUUGAAAAAGAUUUUCAUCAUGCAAUUGAUGGAGGUGGUGCAGAAAUCGAUACGAAAACAUUAUCCGGUGGUGCACUGAUCAAUCGUAUAUUUCAUGAACGUCUACCGUAUGAAAUGAAUAAGAUUGAAACUGAUGAAGAAGAAUUACGCAAAGAUAUCAGUUAUGCAAUUCGUAAUAUACACGGUAUUAGAACUGGAUUAUUCACUCCUGAUUUGGCUUUUGAAACAAUAACGAGGAAACAAAUUGAAAAAAUGAAGAUACCAUCAUUAAAGUGUGCUGAUUUAGUUGUUGCUCAAUUAACAGAAAUCGUCCAUGCAUGCACUGCACGUAUGGAGAAUUUUCCACGUUUAAGAGAAGAAACAGAACGUAUUGUAAACCAGUGGAUAAGAGAAAGAGAAGUUCGUGCUAAAGAUCAAAUUGUACUCCUAGUUGAUAUACAAUUAUCAUAUAUGAAUACAAAUCAUGAAGAUUUUAUUGGUUUUGAAAGUGCAGAACAACAGUCAUCAGAAGUAGCAAAAAAUAAACCUGGAAAUAAGGUAAUUCGUAAAGGUUGGUUAUCCUUACAAAAUGUCACCUUACUUCGUGGUGGUAGUAAAGACUUUUGGUUUGUAUUGAAUACAGAAUCACUAACCUGGUAUAAAGACGAUGAAGAAAAAGAGAAACGUUAUGUUCUCCUAUUGGAUGGUCUGAAAAUUCGUGAUAUUGAAACAGGAUUUUUUGGUAAAAAGCAUGUAUUCGCCCUAUUCUAUCCAGACAAUCGUAAUGUCUACAAAGAUUAUAAACAAGUUGAAUUGUGUGCUGAAUCUGCUGAAUUAGUUGACUCUUGGAAGGCAUCAUUUCUACGAGCUGGUGUAUAUCCUGCAAAAGCUAAAUCAGAAAAAGUUGAACAAGCUGACAAUAUAUCACUAGAAUCGAGUGAACCACAACUUGAACGUCAAGUAGAAAUUAUUCGUAAUUUAGUUGAUUCUUAUAUGAAGAUUGUAAUUAAAACACAAUUAGAUUUAGUACCAAAGUUACUAAUGCAUAUGCUUGUUAAUGAGAUUAAAGGAUUUCUGAAAGGUGAAUUAUUGCCAAAUUUAUAUCAAGCCGGAGAUUUGAAUACACUCAUGUCUGAAUCAUUAGUUGUUCAACAAAAACGCGAUGAAAUGGUUCGUGUUUAUGAUGCUAUGAAAGAGGCAUUGAAUAUUAUCAGUGAAGUGUCAAUGUCUACUGUGUCCACACCAAUUCCACCACCAGUGAACGAUGAAUGGUUACAAGGUGGUGAUAGUUCAGGUGGAUUAACUGCUCCUGGAUCAACAGGUCCACCUCCUCCAAGUCCAACAGCUAAUCGUCGACCACCACCUCCACCACCAGGUGGUUGGAAUUCAACUAGUACGGGUUCAGUGAAAGGUUCUGCUCCUAGACAAGCACCUUCAGUGCCUGGGAAAGCAGGUGCUCCACAAUUACCUUCACCACUCAUUCCUCAACGAUUAUAUCCAGCCGACAUGUAUGCUAUAGCAACAAACGACUCCGCUUCAUCUGCUGGGCUGUUAAACUCCAUGACCAAUUAUCCACCAUUAGUACCACCGUCUAUUCCUGCGCGUCGUUGAAAUGACUCGCUUCAUCCUUCUUUGGGAAUUUUCAGUUCAUUAUUCACAAUUAUUUAUACAUAUAUAUACAUACACAUACAUAUUUAUGAUUUCACAAUUUCAGAAAUUGUGGCAUUUAAUUUUCUGCAGAAUAAUGCAUAAGUAUAAGCACAUAUACAAUACAACCUACAUAUAUAUAUGUGUGUGUGCGAGCACGCGCCCGGGCGGAUGGGUGGUCAAAAAUAUGCGUAGACGAAAAGAAAGCGAUAACAAAAGACAUAUUUAUUGCAUUUGUCUAUUCCAUCGUUUCUUGUCUUCUUCUUUUUAUCUCUAAAACGUGGAGAAUAUUACUACUACUACUACUACUACUACUACUAUUAAUGAAUGAAUGAAUCAUAUUCGGAUGCAUAAUAAUAAUUAUAAGUCGUAGUAAUAUUCUACACCAACAGCAUUAUCAUCAUCGCUAUUAUUAUUAUUACUAUUAUUAUCAUUACUAUUACUAUUAUCGUUUCUAUUAUUAUUGUUGUUGUGGUUGUCAUUUUCGUUGUUGUCACUCUUCCUCUUCAAGUUACACCUACACGCCUCUCAAUCACUAUUCAGUCUUAUUUCUCUUCAUGGUUGUCUCAGUUACAGUUAUUAUUAUUAUUAUUACUAUCCUGUUUGUUACUACUAAUGCUAUCACUACUUACUACAACGCCAAAUGUGUACUACCUUUCCUUUUCCCGGAGCAGCAGCAGCAGUGAUGGCAACGAUGGCGAUGAUGAUGAUCUAGGUCACUGAUCCUAAUGAAUGAAAAAAUGUGAUGAUCCAUUCCUUAUGUUACAUAUAUAUAUAUAUAUAUAUAUA